AUGACUAUCGGAGGCUCUGUGCAAUCUGGCGCGGCUGGCGGCGAUGAGACUGCUUCUCCGGAGGAACGAGAUAUCCUCCGGCGGAGUACCUUCAGAGCCAAACGACAAACUGUGGAGGGGGAACAGUCAUCUGGCGGGGGUGGCUUGGCGACAGCCACAAGUCUGUCCUUGGCUCGUAAGCCCCUUUCUUACAAAGACAUUUGUUCUGGAAUCAAUGGCAGGGAUAAACUUCCUGAACUGGAUCUCCCCACGAUGGAUGAGGAUGAGUCUGAUAUGGAGGAGGAGCCAGUGGAGACUGAGGAAGCGGAGAGUAUGACGCUGAAUGCUGCUGUCUACGAUCCCUUAUGCCCUAAAAUUAGGGUGACCCGAAAGGAGAUAUGGGAGGCGAGGAGGCCAUGGAGAAAUGCGAUCAUCAUCAAGCUUUUGGGUAAGCGUAUGAAUUUGAACUACUUGCGUCCACGGCUGGAGAAGUUGUGGCAGCCCUUUGGGGCGAUGGAGAUAAUUGAUCUUAGUCAAGAUUUUUUUGUUGUUCGUUUUGAGAACAAGCAGGACUACAAACAUGUGUUUGAUGAUGGGUUGUGGGUGAUUCUAGGGCACUGCCUAGCCGUCCAAAAGUGGCAGCCAGAGUUUAUCCCAGAGGAAGGUGAGCUAGGUCGUGCUGCAGUUUGGAUCAGGCUGCCUAACUUUCCAGUGGAAUACCAUAGCAAGCAAUUUUUGUGGCGUAUUGGUGAGCAACUGGGAAGAAUGGUCAAGAUUGAUGAGAAAAAUAGCAGAAUGCAGGAAGCUGCGGUGGCUGCACAACAGGCUGCACAGAAACGUGGCUUGAUACCUUCUGGGACGGAGCGCGCAAAGUUUGCUCGGCUUUGUAUUGAGGUAGAUCUGAGCAAGGCCUUGGUGGCUAAGUUUGAUUUCAAUGAUAAGGUCUACAGAGUCGAAUAUGAAGGACUGAGUCAGAUUUGUUUCCACUGUGGCCGCUUUGGCCAUAAGGUUGAAACCUGCCCUUUACUUUACCAUCCUCAACGCUCGUCGUCUCCAGCGACGGCGACACCUGCCGGCCGACCCCAGCCACCACCGCCAUCGGUGGCAGAAAACCCUUUUGGAGACUGGAUGAUCGUGAAGCGCAAUCAGCGGAAACCGGUUAGCAAAUCGAAGCCUAAUCCCGCGGGAUUCCAGAAAGGAAAGAAUCAGGGUUUGAAUUCUAAUUCCAAUUUGAAUUCUAACUCCAAUUUGAAUUCGAAUUCCAAAUCCGGCUCGAGGUUUCAGGCCCUGAAUGAUGUGGACCCUGGUAUAGGUAGUUCGCAUGAAAAGGGAACAACUUCCACGGCUGCUGGAAAUGUUCCGGAAACUGAGGUGAUUGGAAUUAAUGACUCUCCUAUUUCUGUGGAGAUUGGGAUCGUGGAAGAUUAUGUAACGGUUCAGACUAUACACAAUGAUGGUGCUUUGGGAAUUAUUAAGGAUGUUGACCCGGAUAGUGGGGCCCGCGAACAAAACAGAAUUUCUCCUGAAUCUGUUAACGCACGUGACCCCCUGACGAGUCAUGCCUCAGUCAAGAGUUUGAAGCAGGCAGCGCGUGGGAGCACGUCAACUCAGGUGGAUUUGUCCUCUGCUGGCAAAGUGCAUGAAGACUCGUCCACCGGCCAAGCCAAGAAGGGGAAGAAGGGGUCCACCCAAUUCCCAUUGAAGGGUAUCCCUCAUAAGGGCCAAGCCCAACAGCCUCAUCCUAAGGAUAUGGAGAAGGAUGAGGGGGUGAUAAGGGAGAGGGACGAGAGCUUGUCCCCAGGGUCUACAAAGAGGUCGUCCUAG